AUGACGCGGCGCACGGAGAUUCAAGCCUUCGCAGAGUUGCCGCAUCUGCCGCCGCAAGGAACCGCGCCAAAGGUAAAGCCAGUAGCGGCACCGGUGCUUGCAGCAGCAGGGGCACCGAAAACAGGUGCUGGGGUGGUGGUUGUGGUCCCAAAGAGCGGAGCUGUAGCAGCAGCUGUUGAAGAGCCAAACGCAGGGGUAGAGGAGCCGAAAGCAGGGGCGGAUGCUCCAAAAGCCGGGGCGGAGGAUCCAAAAGCAGGGGCGGAUGAGCCAGAGAAUGCGCCAAAUGCGGUUGCUGCAGCAGAGGAAGAAGAGCCACCGAAAGCUGGCGUUGAGGCGAGGCCAAAGGACGGGGCGCUUGCAGUAAAGCCAAAGGAUGGGGCAGUUGCAGUGCCAAAGGAAGGGGUGGUGGUGGAGGCCCCACCAAAGGAUGGAGCCGUGAGACCAAAGGAAGGGAUGGAAGAGGUGGUAAAACCAGUGGCUGUGGCUGUGGCUGAGGCUGUAGCAGCAGAGCUUGGAGUAGAGGCAGCAGGGGCUCCGGUGGAAGCAGCUGCGGCGGGAGUGGAUGAUGGGCUGAGGCCAAAUGACGGUGCUGAUCCCGAGCCAAAGGCAGGUGCGGUGGAUGCCGAGCCAAAAGCAGGAGCGGUGGAUCCCAAGCCAAAAGCAGGUGCGGUGGAUCCCAAGCCAAAGGCAGGUGCAGGAGUGGUGGUGGUUGUUGUGGAAGGUGGAGCGGCAGAGGUGCCCAGAGGAGCAGCAGCGGUGGUGGCAGCAGUGGUGGUGGCAGCAGUGGCAGUAGAAGCUGCACCGAAGAGGGGAGCUGCAGCGUCCGGAGGAGAGGUGGACGCUGAUGGGGGGGGGGGAUGA